CCUGUGACGUUAGUACUUGGAAUGAGAGCGUGACUCACGGGGCAUAACUGCUACCUGUACAUUGUUUACAAUCCAGCAAGCAAGGGACACCGAAUAGCAGCUCCGGCAGCCUGUGCUAGUGGCCUGCAGAGAAUUCCAGGUGACGCUCCAGAGGGGCUAGGAGAGGAUACCCUUCUGAUGACAGCCAUGGCUCGCCCGGCAUCACCCCACUCAAGAGGCCAGACGGGGUCCCAGCUGGGGUGACACAGCUCCUUUCCCAGUCGGGAAGGGGCGUCUGCAGGGAGCAGGAAGGGCUUAGCUUGGGGCUGCCCGCUCCGGCACCGAUCUGGGACGCGCCCUGAGGCCCCUGCCUGGGACCGUCCCGGACUACAUUUCCCAGAGACCAUCCAGGAGUACGCCGUGCUGCAUGCUGGGACACGGGGCUUGGGGCUCUGGUUCCCCCGACGGUCCCGCGUCCUCUUCUAGCCUCACCCCCUCCCGAGGCCCCAGCUUUGGGGGACUACCGGGCCAGCAUCCUUCAGAAAAAGCAUCCCCGAGGAGGAAGACGAAUCGUUAAACAUCUUAAAGGGUCAGGCCAGCAUCCUUCAGAAAAAGCAUCCCCGAGGAGGAAGACGAAUCGUUAAACAUCUUAGGUCAGCUCUAGCCUCUCGGAAUUUGUCUUCUUCAGUGGAAACCCCAAGAAGACUGAUCAGUUCUUCAGUUCUAAAACAAUGGCCCAGGGUUUGGUGACAUUCGCCGACGUAGCCAUAGACUUUUCUCAGGAGGAGUGGGCCUGUCUGAACUCUGCUCAGAGGGACCUGUACUGGGACGUGAUGCUGGAGAACUACAGUAACUUGGUCUCACUGGAUUUGGAGUCAGCAUAUGAAAAUAAGAGUUUACCUACAGAAAAAAACAUUCAUGAAAUAAGGGCUUCCAAAAGGAAUUCAGACAGAAGAAGUAAAUCCCUUGGCCGUAACUGGAUAUGUGAAGGUACGCUUGAAAGACCACAGCGCUCCAGAGGGAGGUAUGUCAAUCAGAUGAUCAUCAAUUAUGUCAAAAGGCCUGCUACUAGAGAAGGCACCCCUCCUAGAACACAUCAGAGACAUCAUAAGGAGAAUUCCUUUGAAUGUAAGGACUGUGGGAAGGCCUUUAGUCGUGGCUAUCAACUUAGUCAACAUCAGAAAAUCCAUACUGGCGAGAAACCUUAUGAAUGUAAAGAAUGUAAGAAGGCCUUCCGUUGGGGCAAUCAGCUUACUCAACAUCAAAAAAUUCAUACUGGGGAGAAGCCCUACGAAUGUAAAGACUGUGGGAAGGCUUUUCGAUGGGGCUCAAGCCUCGUUAUUCAUAAGAGGAUUCAUACUGGUGAAAAACCCUAUGAAUGUAAAGACUGUGGAAAGGCCUUUCGGCGUGGUGAUGAGCUCACUCAGCACCAGAGAUUCCACACUGGGGAGAAAGACUACGAAUGCAAAGACUGUGGGAAGACCUUUAGCCGUGUGUAUAAACUUAUUCAGCACAAGAGAAUUCAUAGUGGGGAGAAGCCUUACGAGUGUAAAGACUGUGGGAAGGCUUUUAUUUGUGGUUCAAGCCUCAUUCAGCAUAAAAGAAUUCACACAGGUGAGAAACCCUAUGAAUGUCAAGAAUGUGGGAAGGCCUUUACUCGAGUCAACUACCUUACUCAGCAUCAGAAGAUCCACACUGGUGAGAAGCCUCACGAAUGUAAGGAGUGUGGGAAGGCCUUUCGCUGGGGUUCGAGCCUCGUUAAGCACGAGAGGAUACAUACGGGCGAGAAGCCGUACAAGUGCACAGAAUGUGGGAAGGCCUUCAAUUGUGGCUAUCACCUCACUCAGCACGAGAGAAUCCACACGGGCGAAACCCCGUAUAAAUGUAAGGAGUGUGGGAAGGCUUUCAUUUAUGGGUCGAGCCUCGUGAAACAUGAGAGAAUUCAUACCGGGGUGAAACCCUAUGGGUGUACAGAAUGUGGGAAGAGCUUUAGUCACGGCCAUCAGCUUACACAACAUCAGAAAACGCACAGUGGGGCGAAAUCCUACGAAUGUAAGGAGUGCGGGAAGGCAUGUAACCACCUAAACCAUCUCCGAGAACAUCAGAGGAUCCACAACAGCUGAAGAGCCUUUUGAACGCAGUAGCCCGCUCCCAUCUAUGGUUUCGCUUUCCACAGUUUGUUACCUGCAGUCAACUGCAGUUCAAAAAUAUUAAAUGGAAAAUUCCAGAAAUAAAGAAUUUUAAGUCUCAAAUGGUGUGCCCUUCUGAGUAGCGUGAUGAAAUCUCUCGCUGUCCGGCUCCAGCCGGCCAGGGAUGUGAGUCAUCCGUUGGUCCAGCACAUCCACGCUGUAUACGCCACCCACCCUGCUAGUGACUUAGUAGCCGUCUUGGUGAUCAGAUCAACUAUCCCAGCAUCACAGUGCCUGUGCCCAAGCAGUCCUCACUUUGCUUAACGGUGGCCCCAGAGAGCAGGAGUAGUGAUGCUGGUGAUUCGGAUAUGCCAAAGAGAAGCCACAAAGUGCUUCCUUUUAAAUGAAAAGGUGAAAGUUCUCAACUUAAAAAAGAAAAGAAAAAAAUCAUAUACUGAGGUUGCUAAGAUCUACAUGACAAUAAGAUAUUUUGGGAGAGAGAUACGUUCACAUAAUUUUAUUACAUAUAUUGUUACAAUUGUUCUAUUUUGUUAGUUACUGUUGGUAAUCUCUUACUGUGCCUAAUUUAUAAAUUAAACUUUAGAUAUGUAUGUACAGGAAAAAAUGUAGUAUAUAGUAUCGUAUAUAUGUACAGGAAAAAAACGCACUAUCUGUGGUUUCAGGUAUCCACUGGGGGUCUUCGAACGUACCCCCCUCAGGUGAGAGGGGGCUGCUGUACAAAGAAUAUAGGAAGGCCUCUAGACUACAUCCAUUCCUUCCUCAACAGGAGGAAAAUUCAUGGUACAGUUUAACGUAAGCCUUCACCGAUCACUGUUGUUUUUUUGUUUUUGUUUUUGUUUUUUUGAGACAGAGUCUCACUCUUGCCCAGGCUGGAGUGCAGUGGCACGGUCUUGGCUCACUGCAACCUCCACCUCCCAGGUUCCAGUAAUUCUCCUGCCUCAGCCUCCCCAGUAGCUGGGAUUACAGGCAUGCACCACCACACCUGGCUAAUUUUUGUAUUUUUAGUAGAGACAGGUUUCACCAUGUUGUCCAGGCUGGUCUCAAACUCCUGACCUCAGGUGAUCCACCCACCUUGCCCUCCCAAAGUGCUAGGAUUACAGGCGUGAGCCACUGCACCCAGCCCACUGAUCACUCUUCUGCUUACAGAAUAUCAGAAGUCAUUCUAGAGGCAAAUUUGAAGAGUGGAAAAAUCACUUUUUCUGAAUGAUCUUGUUUUUGGUGUAGAUGUUUUUAUUGUGUGGGUUAGUUUAAUGAAUACAUAAAGACUACCAGUACCAUUCUGUCUUUACUCCGUGGCAUCUGUGGAAUAACCCUGCUAAUGUAACAUGUGAGAAAGCCUUUAGUCAUGCCACCCACUCUACCAGUUGUCCCCACCAUCCCCCGCCCUCCUCCCUGUGAGACACUGGGCCAAAGUCUCGCUACCCCUGUGCGUUGUCCGGCACACAGACACUAUGUGCAUUAUUUGUACGUAAGGAUAAUCACAUCUACCCGAGACUGCUAUCAUGGAAAUUAAAUGUUUGGUACAUGUAAAGUCUUUGAAAGUGUAACUGGAAUAUUGUGUAAUUUUAAUAAAUAUUAACUAUUGUUUUUAUGAUCAUUACUACCA